GAAAGGCACCAUUCACAUGCCGGCUCUAUUCAGUACGAGCAGAAGCCUCUCAGGUUUAGGCCAGCAUGGCGUCCAUACAGUGUUUCCUAUGUGCCCUAUCUUUGUUCGCUCCCCUUUGUGUACUCGCAGAAGCGGCACUGACUCUGCCGAGCCGCCAUGGUUGGGAGAUUAAAAUAUGUCUCAUCGAAGAUGGAGAGAAUCAGCAUCCUGGAACUAGCGUGCGUGCAAAAGAGGCAUACUACAGGGAGCUGUUUCUAUCCGUGUCGCGACGCCUCGAACUGCUUGGUACCGGAACAUUCCAUUUCGUAAGAAAAGGAUUUCUAACAUUAUCCCAUGAACAAAGCCAAGCUCUGUUUGUAAGUACUGGGAGGACAGCGAAUAUCGACGAAGUAUUUCUUCAAUGGAAGUCAACGCUAGCUAAGAAGUUUACAACACAAACACAUGGUAAACAUGUGGUUGUUUUAAUAACAAGGCGUACAGUCACGGCACGUAACGGGGAUGGAGGCAAUGGCUUUGCUCUGAAAGGUGGUAUGUGCACCCGAGACAACAUUGUGCUGGUGAAAGAUGACGGAAGCUUUUCAGCAGUGAACCUCCUUGUGAAGCUUCUCGUGCAUUCGAUGGGCGUGGAUAUGGACGGAGUAGGCGCUGCUGGCUACUGUCAGAAGGAUGAAGGACACCUCAUGGGAACAGACCUCCACCUCCCUUUGACUUUCUCGCAUUGUACAAAGCGUCUGCUGCAAGACGCAUUAAGGAAGCACACAUGCCUAAAAAAGGUUGCUGCUUCAAAGGCAGCCCAGACUCUUCCACUACCUCCGUUGAUUACAAGAGUGGCAUAUUGUUCAGCGUUGAGCUUAACACACUGUGAUAAAUGGGGAAUGGGCAGCCUAGCCAGCCUCACUUAUGAGGAAAAGUUUUGCUUCAUCUUCUGCUGCAAAGGCAUGGGGCCUCCUGAGAAGAUGGUCGCACCUGAUGGCUUACAGUGCGGUAAAGACGUCACUGGUAUCACGGACAGGAGAUGUAUAAACGGCGAAUGCGUUCAAGUGAACUAGCCAAUGAAUACUUCGUAGAGUGAAACACUCUUAUUCUGCAUAAGUCUAUAGAUACAACUUGGCAAUGGAUUAACCGCCGAUGGAUGCUUGUAGUCUAAAUAAAAA